AUGGUCCAAGAUGAUGACGAUGGUUCUCUGCCUGUGGGUGAAGAUUUUACAAUCAUAGAUGAGAUUAAUGAUAAUGAUUAUGGAGAGAAAUUGGUGGAUGAUGUCCUGAUUGUUGAUAAAAUGGUGCAUUCUCAUGAUUCUAGCCAUGUUUUGUUAGAGAAAUUCGAUGAUGAUUUUGUGAUGAAGCUUAACCUGAUUGAUGAUACUUUGAAAAUGGCUAUUAUUGGUGAAAUUAUAUUGGUUGUGGUUUUAAAGGAUAUAGAAAAUGAGGUUAAUUUUGUGUCUCCUAGAGCUGGGGUUGUUCAACCUGAAAGGACCUUGAGACCAUGGGAGGUUUUUGCCACUGGAUUUUGA